CCCCAAAAGAUCGACUCAACGGGAGAGAUGUUGAAGGUGCCACUUUUGCUCUUCGUUUUGGGAAGCGCGUCGCUCUGGGUGCUGGCAGAAGGAGCCAGCACUGUCCGACCUGAAGAUGGCGCCGUGACCCCAGGUGUGGAAGAUGGUGCGGUGACCCCAGGUGUGGAAGAUGGUGCGGUGACCCCAGGUGUGAAAGAUGACUUGGUGACUCCAGGUGCCGGUGAACAGCCUGAUAGGUCUGCUGGCUUGACAACUCAGGGACUGACAAGUACAAAGAGUGUGACAGUCAUUCGCAUCACAGAUCGGACACCUCUAGAAAGCGCAGAAGAAAGUCAGAAGACCACAGCCUCAAAUGUGGGAACUGGUCGCUCUGAGAAAGUGGGUGGAGAGGCAUCGCCAACAGUAGAGAACGAUGGUUUGACAACAGUAACCCCAGUUGGAAACAUAGUUGGGGUCUUACUAGCCACUGCCUUCAUCGGUGGAAUCAUCUGUGUGGUUGUGUGA